AUGUCCUCCUACCUUCUGUGCGACUGCCAAAAAUUGUAUUACUGGAGUCAAACUGUUGUUGUCGCCGUCCACGUCGGGACAACUUUAAAUGAACAAAAUGAAGAUAUUCUGCGGAGUCGUAGUUGCAAUGGCGAGAAGGCGCUGUCGUGGUUGUCGCUUUAUUCGGUGUCACCUCGACAAUGGAUCGCUAACAAGAUCAACGGAGCUGUUCUGGUCUAUUGGAUGCGAGCACGAUCGACUAACUCUCCACAAAAACUAUCUAAACCGCACUUAUUGAGGCGAUCAAAGUAUCUGCAAUUGAACGUACAUAUAAUCACCACAAAACUUGAAUAUAUAUCGCUUCAUACGCCAAGAAAACAUACAAAACGACAAAAAUUCAAAUGAAACAGACUAAUCAGUGGUUCUUAUUACUUCAGAAAAGUCUACAGUGUUCCAGCGCGCAAGAAACACCACUUGAUACUUUUUUGUGUUAAUAAUAAGAAAACAGCGAGAACAACAACAACAAAAAGAUAGUCAAGAGACAACCAGAAUCGCAAUAACAAAAUCAAAACAUUAACAUCGAUCGGCCUUAACAUCUAGGGAACUAGCGCUACCCAUGCUAUAUAGCAUGGUACAGUGGAGGAUCUCUGAUCUCUCAGCGCUCUGCAGUCUUUCGUCCGAGUUUUCUAGUCGCAGCCUCCACUAUCUAUCUACGACAUCACGCUAUCAGCACUGGAAGUUCCCACAGAAGAGCACGAGUUUCCUCCAAACAGCAUCCACCAUAGGAACUUUAAGAGCAGCAGAAACCUAUAAAUCGGCAGAAAAGUAUCUGCAAAAAUAGAAGCUGAAAACGUUUGAUCCAUUCGACCGACCUAUAGAUCGGUUAAACUACUGAUCCACCAUCAACCUAAACCUAACCGAACACCACUAACCAGUUGGCUGCCGCUUAAUGGAUCCAUACAUAUGAAGAACCUCAGCCUCUUUAGCUACUUCUGCAUACUCUUCGGUAUUUUGUACACCUGAAAAUUUACUUGAACACCUGAAACUUGUCUUAAUCUGGAAGUUGUAUAAAAUAUGGAAAAGUGUGGCCAUUCAGGAAGGCGGUGGUGUUCAUCUUUUUUGCUGG